CUGUUGUCCUCUGACUCUGUGAUUGUGAGUCUGAUUUGGUGUUUACAUUUAUUUUCCAUAAAGAGCAUUGCUUGUGUUUUUUUACUAAUAUCAUCAAUUAUUGGGCUGAAAAAUGGUGAAACUGACGGCAGAAUUAAUACAAAAUUCCAUGCAAUACACUAAUCCCGUGAAAGAUAGAGAAUUAGAUUUGAGAGGCUACAGAAUACCGGAAAUCGAAAAUUUAGGAGCUACAGGAGAUCAGUUCGAUACUAUAGAUUUCUCAGACAAUGAUAUCCGUAAACUGGAUGGAUUCCCUUAUUUGAAAAGACUCAAAUGCCUGUUCUUCAACAAUAAUAGAAUCGUAAGGAUUGGUGAACAUUUAGAAGAUUAUAUUCCCAGCCUGGAGUCUCUUGUCCUUACAGGAAACCAUAUUGAAGAAGUCGGAGAUUUGGAACCCCUCAAUACUUUACCAAACCUACAAAGCUUGAGUCUCCUACAUAAUCCAGUUACAGCAAAACAACAUUAUAGGUUAUACUUGAUUUACAAAUUGCCUCAUCUUCGUCUCCUUGAUUUUCGCAAAGUGAAAGAAAAGGAACGAGAGGAAGCAAAACAGUUAUUCAAAAGUAAAAAAGGAAAGGAAUUACAGAAGGAGAUUGCAAAGAGAUCAAAAACCUUUGUACCUGGUGGUAACACAAAUCAAAUCUCUAAGAGUAAAGGAUUGACAGAACAGGAGAUAAGGAAAAUAAGGGAAGCCAUAAUAAAUGCAAAUUCUCUUGAAGAAGUCGAAAGGUUACAGAAACAAUUGCAAGCAGGACAGAUUCCCGGGCAAGAUAUCCAAAAUGGAAACCAUUGAAGAUCUAUAAUAGUUAUUUUGAUUGGCGGUAAGACUAUAAUCUAAUAGGAUCAAAGAUAUCCUCUGAAAUGAAAUACUUUUUUUUAAGUUGAUAAUAAUGGAUAUUUCUUUUAUAAAAGUUUAUUUUGUAUAAAAUAAAUUGGAAUAUACAAAAUAA